UGCUGCUGUGCUCCUAUAAACAAGAGAGAUGUAACAGUAUCAAUGCUUGGAUCCAAGUGUACUGCAAGCAUAUACAGUCAAACGUUCGUUACAUUAUAUUUUAAAUCAGAAAAACUAAAACUAUGCACGGACUUAAAAAGUCGUGCAAUUCCCUCAUCAAGACGCUAGAUGGCAACCAUUUACUCUGAGAUAAGCUUUAUCAAUCAGAGAGGAAGUCUUGUUUCUAGGCAACAGGGAAAGCUGUCCUGCUGGAAUACGCGUAAAUGCAACGCACCCCAAAGUUUGGAGAUGGAGCGCCUCCACCUGGACCACGUCCUACAGUCAGUCUCCGCUCUAGAGUCUAUCAUCCUUCGCAGUUUUGGACCCGAAGGAGGACAGGUGCUGUUCACGCGAGACACGGGGCGGGUGAUGUUGAGCCGCAGCGGAGAGCGCAUCCUCACCGCGCUGCAUCUGGAGCAUCCCCUGGCCAGGAUGGUGGUGGAGUGCGUCUGGAAGCACAGCACAAUGACCGGUGACGGAUCCAAGACCUUUGUUCUGCUGUUGGCAUCAUUACUGCGAAUGAUUCGCGCAACAGCCGCUAAGGAGCCUCAUAUUUCUCGGCUUCAUAACUCCACAGCAGCAGCAGCAGAGGCUGCCACUGCCAGGCACUUGGCUGACAGACUGCUGGAAUUCGCACUGACCGAGUUGGAUGCGCUCAUUGCGCUGAACGUGCUGCCGCAUGGAUCAUAUGUGUCACUAGACGACAUCACGGCGAAAACACCACCCGAUCCGAGUUUUCAGACACUCCUGUUGUCGUUUUUUCACACACGCCUCGGUAAUGUGCACUGUGAGUUUUUCCGCGACCUCAUGUGUGAACUGCUCAGUCGCUGGCUGGGAAAAACUGGCCAACCUUCAUCCUCCUUCCGGUUUAUAGACAACAACUUCCCGGCGUUGCACACCCAAGUUUCUGGCCUCCCUGCCGGCUCCUCGCGUUUGAUCGAGGGGCAGGUGAUUCACAGAGACUUUGCCACGCCGUGGCCGCAGCAGGACCGGCGGCCGGUCAAAGCCGUGGUCUUCAGUGGAUACCUGCAGCCACGGUUGCUCGCCGCAGGAGACGUGCUUGAGCUGGGCGGCGAAGAGAGCGUGACAGAGGACGCCAGCGUCGUGCACUUUAGUUCCUGGACAGAGAGGUCGCUGGAGAGCGUAAUUGCAACCCUGCAGAGUUUUGGUGUCUCUGUCCUUCUGUGUGCACUGAAACAGUCCUCUGCUGCCCUGGCUUUAGCAGCACAGGCAGGGAUGGGCCUUGUGGAGUGCGUGAGUGAUGAAGAAAUGUCCCUCUUUGCCCAGCUAAGUGGGGUAACGCCAGUCCCAGACAGCUGGGCCGUUCAUCCAGAGCACAUUGCUACACUCACCUUCUGUAAGCCAUUAAUACUUGGAGCCCACAGAUAUGUUCAUUUGGACUUCCAGGAUGCUGAGGAAAGGCUCAAAGUAAAACCCUGUAGCCUGGUGAUCUGUGCCCCAGGGGAAGGACAAACGGAUCAGUAUGCGCGUGCAUUUCAAGCUGCGAUUCGAAUGCUUUUGACAGCAUGGGAGCCCGUGGACAAGACUGAGAUCAGCACUCUUGACGUAAAGGAAACCUUUAUAUCUGAUAAAUGUACGUCUUUACCUACAGACGCUAUAAGCGGUGAAAGUGCAUGCACAUCGUGCAGUAUGCAUCCCCAUCAGAAGUGUGUGAUAGAGCCAGGUUGCGUAAUACCUGCAGGUGGGACAUUUGAGUUUCUGCUGCACCACGCGCUUCAUCAAUAUGACCGCAGCUGCUCGGUUUACGUUAGCACAAGUGCAUUUGUUCCAGUUUCCCACAUCUUGGCAAAUGCCCUGCUGAGCGUGCCUCGGCAGAUUUACUCUCACAAUCGAAAGCGUUUCCUGCAGGCACAAACCAGGGUCAUGGCUUUAGCUCACCAACAGUCCCACAUCCUCGGCGCACGCCUCCGACAGACCGACGGUCCUCCUGAAGACGGUAAACAAAGCGCACGCUCUUGUAGAAAGGACAGCGCGGCAUUAACACUUUUGGACCUUGGCCUUGAAUCUGUCUCUUGUAAGUAUCAUCUGGUACUGGCUGUGCUGCAGUGUCUCACAAGUCUACUGCGAGUGAACAAGGUGCUGCGGACACACACCGUUUUACACACAACAUCCCACAAACUCCUGAGCGCUCGCUUGGAGAGCCCAGAGGACGAGGACAAAGACGAAUCUCCUUAGCUCUAAGAGGAAACCAAGAAUUUACUUUAUCUACUCAGGGAAGCAAUCACGUUUAAGACAAAAUGAAUGAUGGAUCAUUUGACCUUAGAUUUUUUUUUUUAUCAGUGAUUUAUCAUGUUUAUCUUGAUGUUUCACUGUAGUUUUUCUCAGAUCACAAUGCUUUUGAUCUGUCUAGCUGUAUUAAAAUGUACAUAAAACCCAACGAGAGUAUUGUGUAGUGUAUGGGCACAUGAAUGAAUUAAAGCAAAGUUUGACUACACUAACAAAAGGACAUUUUUAAUGUGAAAGAUAAGCAGGGUAAAUAAAAAAUGCUGUUUUCAAAUAAAGAUUUCUGGUUACAAGGGGAAUAAAGCUAUGCAAACCAACAUUGUCCAAUGUUAAAAGUAAAUACUACCAAUAAACCCAAUAACUGAUCAUCUGGCACAUUAACAGUUUGUGAUUAUUGGUAAUGAGUCAUUUUCUUUGUGAAAGAAUCUUAGUUUACUUAUUUUGCAGAUUUUUUUAUUUAUUUAUUUA